UGGGAGUCCUGACUCCUCCACCCGUGGUACGCGCUGGCUGCGCAGAUUAGUGUUCGCCAGUCGCGCUCCACUUUGACUUCGGCGCGCUGGACCAUCCCAGAGUCUCUGUAGCCCUCCUCCACGCCUUCGAAUGGGUUCACCAUCUUAAACACACGCUUGCAGCGCCUGGUGGAAGGCGACAUGAUGGGCUAUUAAUCAAGGUGACAUCCUGAAGCAUUCUUGUCAUUGUAUGACGAGAAAUCCGCAGGCCUUCGCUUGGAAAAUGGCGACCACCUCGCCCACGGAUUGGUCUGCGACGCCGACCCAAGACAGGCCGGCCUUGCCGCCAGUGCCGGAUCCUGAGGCGCAGGACGAUGGAGCUGAGCAGCAGCUGGAACACAAUGUGUCAAUCGCAGAACCUUCACAACAGGCUGAGAUUGAUCAUUCUGUGGAGCAACUUCCAUCGCAAGCUGAAGAAAAAGAGCAACAUCUCGCGGGUUCUUCUGAUUCAAUACAGUUAGCGGAUGGUCCUGCCGACAACACAUCGCAGCAACCUGCGAUCUCUUCGGAAGGUCCGCAGGCAGGUGGCGUAGAGGGGGUGUUGCCAUCAAUACCAGAAGACAAACCCAUGCCGCCUGCGCCUGCGAUCGACGUGCAGUCUACAGUGACCAAUGGUCCACCAGGCCCUGCAGAGGCAAAUGCGUACCACAGUCGCACCGAAUCUCUCGGAGGCUCAGGCAACACCCCAGCCGCCUCGGCAGCGAUGCUAUCCAGAACUACUUCCUCCCUGCAUUCCACUUCGAAUCGCUCCUCCGCAAGCAUCAGCACGUCUGCCGUGCAUUCUCGCAGCUCCCUGAGCUCACUCACGAAAGGCUCUGCCGUUUUUGUGAUUACGGCACUCGAAAGCAUAGAAAAGUCCAAAGAGGCGCGUAAGAGCAAAGAGCUCAAAGCGGCGUGUACAAGCGCGCUGGAGAUGGUCAAAACCGCCAGUGCGUCGGCGGCAUCUAGCACAGGCAUGGUACCUGGUCCAGGCGGUGGAGGGACAGCAGAAGCAAUCCUUGAUCCCAGGACUGUCUUCGAGCCCCUUCGCCUUGCAUGCACAACAGGCAGCACUUCGAUUGUCAUAACUGCUGUCGACUGCAUCAGCAAGCUUGUCUCUUAUGCCUUCUUUGCUGAGGAUUAUCCGCCGCGCGCCUCACAGCAGCCUGCACUGGCUGACGUUGUGACCGACACGAUCUGCAAUGCGUUUAUGGAAGGCUCCGACGAUAAGGCACAGCUGCAGAUCAUCAAGGCACUCCUUUCCAUCGUCCUCAGCAGCAGCAUUCAUGUGCAUCAAGGAAGCCUGCUUAAAGCUGUACGCACGGUAUACAACAUCUUCCUUUUAUCGAAGAGCCCGGCAAACCAAGCAGUCGCACAAGGCAGUCUGACGCAAAUGGUCCACCACGUGUUUGGGCGUGUACCACGAGGAGGGGUUAGCGCAGGGAACAAUGCAGACGGGACUCCUGCGGAGAGCGUUUCGCCGAGUAGACACGGGAGGAAUGGGACAAGGAGCAGCAGCAUCGUAAGCACAGUCGGCGAAGCGGCGCUCUUUGAUCAGAAGCAGGAAGAGGCAAAGCCGCAUGCAGGCGGCGCUUCCCCGAUGACCAAGGCAUCGGACCUGCCCGUCGCAGGAUCAGAGCAGGGAAUUGCUUCGAAUGCUGACGAAGCCGAGGCCCCUGAAGAAUCCGAGAUUCCUCUCAAUGACGAGGAGAUUCCAGCGCCGGUUGCCCCUCCGAAAGACAUCGCUGAGGAGACACGCCUGUCUGCAAUGGAUGAUACACAAACCGCUCAGGAGGCGCCCCAGACGGAAGCGACAGAAGAGAAGGUGACACUGCAGUCCCUUGAACGACGGAAAUCCUUCGAGGGCGCCAGUGAAGACGCGACAGCUGCUUCGCUUGGCAACAUCAGUCAGCAUGAGCUACUUGUCAAGGACGCUUUUCUCGUCCUGCGUGCCUUGUGUAAGCUCAGUAUGAAGCCUCUUGGCGCGGAGAGCGAGCGUGAUUUGCGGUCACAUGGCAUGCGGUCGAAGUUACUUUCGCUGCAUCUCAUCCUGACGAUCCUCAAGAGCCAUAUGCAGGUCUUCCAGGACUCAAGCAUCGUCAUCCACAGCUCCUCUACUGGAGAGCAGACUGCAUUCGUUCAGGCAGUCAAGCAGUACGUCUGCCUGAGCUUGAGCAGGAACGCCGUCAGCUCGGUCAACCAGAUCUUUGAACUUGCUUGCGAGAUCUUCUGGCUCGUUAUGAGUGGCAUCAGGGCCAAAAUGAAGAAAGAGAUCGAGGUCCUUCUAAACGAGAUCUUUUUGCCGAUUUUGGAGAUGCGCAAUUCGACUGCCAAGCAGAAGUCGAUCCUGCUCAACGUCCUUAUCCGACUUUGUCGAGACCCGCGGGCGCUGGUAGAGGUCUACAUCAACUACGACUGCGAUCGAACAGCACUAGAAAAUAUCUACGAACGGUUGAUGAACAUUGCUUCACGAAUCAGCCAGACGCAUGUCGGGCCCGGAUCGACGCUCAGUGCGCCCGAGCCGCUGAGCCCUGUCGCGCAACGCACAGAUGAGUCAGGGCUAAGCUUCCUGCCUACGCUAGGCUCCAGUAGUUCGGCCGCGGCGGGUGAGCAGGACCCCGCAUCUGCAUCACAACCGGUCGAGGUGCGACUCAAGCGGCAGAGCCUCGAGUGUCUCUGCUCGGUACUCCGCUCCUUGGUGCUCUGGUCGAGUAGAAAUGGGAUUCCUGCAGAAGGGUCAUCGUCACAAGGUGAUCUGAGCGGGUACCCUGUGGGCUUGUCAGCUGCACCAGCAGAGAACGGCAGCCCGCGGGCUAGCGAGGAGGCUCGGUAUCCGGACACUCCACACGAGGGGCAACGAAGCAUGGGCGACAUGGGGUCGCCAAGUGGCGCUGCGACGCCGCUUGCGCCUAGCACACCAGACCCAGGGCGCUUGUCCAUGUCCGUAGAGCAGGCGCAAGACGACCCGUCUCGCUUUGAAUCUGCAAAGCAACGCAAAAAUACGUUGCUCGAGGGAAUACGCAAAUUCAACCAAAAGCCAAAACGAGGCAUCGACUUUCUUGUUCAACAUGGGUUCAUUCGGUCGCGAGAUCCGAGAGACAUUUCUCGCUUUCUGCUGUACGCGGAUGGACUCAAUAAGGCGCAGAUCGGAGAAUACCUCGGAGAAGGAGAGCCGGAGAACAUCGCCACGAUGCACGCCUUUGUCGACCUGAUGAACUUUGAGCGCAUGCACUUUCUCGCUGCACUGAGAAAGUUUCUACAGGCAUUCAGGCUUCCUGGGGAAGCGCAAAAGAUCGACAGGUACAUGCUCAAGUUCGCUGAGCGAUAUGUGGCCGGCAACCCCAACGUCUUUGCCAACGCCGACACUGCGUAUGUCUUUGCAUACUCGAUCAUUAUGCUCAACACUGAUGCACAUAACCCGCAAGUCAAGCAUCGCAUGACGCUGCAAGACUUCAUUCGCAACAAUGCGGGUAUCGAUGACGGCAAGGACUUGGCAGAGGAGUACUUGGCAGAAGUCUACGAGGACAUUCUACACAAUGAGAUCAAGAUGAAGGAUGAGGUGCUGGCUAGCAGCGGGCAAGCGGCUACUUCGACUGGGCUGGCCAAUGCUAUUGCUGGAGUCGGGCGGGACCUGCAACGCGAAGCAUAUGAAUUGCAAUCGGAAGGCAUGGCCAACAAGACGGAAGCGCUGUUCCGCACGAUGGUGCGAGCCCAACGGCGAGUCGCCCCGCAGCAACGCGCUGCUGCUGAGCGCUUCUUCUCGGCUUCGCACAUCGACCAUGUCAAGCCGAUGUUCGAGGUUGCGUGGAUGCCUUUCCUUGCAGGCAUCAGUGGGCCGAUGCAGGAUAACGAUGACAUGGAUGUUGUCGAGCUCUGCCUGCAAGGUUUCCGUGAUGCAAUUCACAUCGUUUGCCUCUUUGGCCUCGAGCUGGAGCGCAAUGCUUUCGUCACUACGCUCGCCAAGUUCACUUUCCUCAAUAACUUGGGCGAGAUGAAGGCGAAAAACAUCGAGGCCAUCAAGACACUCCUCGGCAUCGCUCAAACAGAAGGCAAUUACCUCAAAGGAAGUUGGCGAGAGCUACUAACCUGCGUGAGCCAGCUGGAGCGUUUCCAGCUGCUCAGUGGUGGUGUCGAUGAAAAGUCGUUGCCGGAUCUCGGUAGACGGAAAGUCAAUGGGGCUACUCCGAGUGGCAAGCAGGCGCAGUUGGCGCCCAAGGCGAAGCAGGCUCUGCCGACCAAUGAGGUGGUCCAGGCUGGCGGCUCCACCGAAGUCACGGUUGCGGCAGACAUGGUUUUCUCUUCAACACCAUCCUUAACAGGCUCGGCCAUCGUCGACUUUGUUCAAGCCUUGUCCGAGGUAUCUUGGGAGGAGAUCCAAUCAUCCGGCAUGACGGACAGCCCAAGGCUCUUUUCGCUGCAAAAACUGGUCGAAAUCAGCUACUACAACAUGGAGCGCAUCCGCAUGGAGUGGUCACACAUCUGGGCAAUCCUGGGAGAACAUUUCAACCAGGUCCUUGUUACUUCAUCGCCUUCCGUGUCAGCAUUUUCAGUCGAUGCCCUGCGGCAGCUGUCUAUGCGCUUUUUGGAGAAGGAGGAACUCCCGCGCUUCGCUUUCCAGAAAGACUUUUUGCGGCCCUUUGCCUACGCCAUGGCCCACAGUCCUGAAAUUGAGACGCGCGAGAUGAUUAUUGAUUGCCUCUGGCAAAUGGUGCAAGCACGUUCUGCUAAUCUACGCUCUGGGUGGACGAGUCUCUUUGUCAUUUUGACAGCCGCUUCGAAAGAUUCGUCUGAGCGAGUUUGUGCUCAAGCCUUUGACCUCACUCAGAGCCUAUUCGAGUCGCACUUUCCGGAGAUCCUACGCCAUGGAUUCGCAGACUUCACCGUUUGCCUGACCUCCUUCUCCAAAUGCAAGGCGCAAAGAAUAUCCUUGCAGGCUAUCGCUGUUUUGCGUGGACUCGUGCCUGCGAUGCUGCGCUUGUCGGAUGUGCCGGGCCACUUCCCAUCGUCCCUCACCGCAGCGCAUGCAACAGAGGGCGAACAUCCGGCGCACGAUGCGUUAGUGCAAUUUUGGUUCCCUUGCUUGUUUGCUUUCUAUGACAUCGUGAUGAAUGGAGAUGAUCUGGAAGUCCGCCGGGUCGCACUUGAUUCUCUUUUUGACAUUCUCAAGAAGCACGGCCAUACAUUUAGGCCAGACUUUUGGGACACAAUCUGCCAAGAAGUCCUGUUCCCCAUUUUCUCUGUGCUUCGCUCGCGCAAUGACGUGUCACGCUUCAGCACCCACGAGGACAUGAGCGUAUGGCUCAGUACCACCAUGAUUCAUGCUUUGCGCAAUCUUGUCGACCUCUGGACGUUCUACUUUGACACUCUGGAGCGCUUGUUGCCGGGCCUCCUUGAGCUUCUCUGCGCCUGCAUUUGUCAAGAAAACGACACACUGGCGCGCAUCGGCACGUCCUGCCUUCAGCAGCUCAUCGAAAAGAACGUUACACGCUUGAACAACUUGCGAUGGUCACAAGUGGUGGACACGUUCAUGCAACUGUUCCGUACGACUACUGCGCACCAGCUCUUCGAUCCUUCGCUUCGUGCCGGCGGUGCCGCAGUCCCUUCUCGACCGGGAACGCCCGAGGAGCAGCAGCGCGCAAACGGAUUCAGCACACCCCGGCCGUUGUCGCCUGGUGUGCGGCCAGACGGCGCCAGCGGCGCUCAGCUUCUACCACCGGUCGCCAUGUCGUCGACUGAUCGGCGUCGCGUAUUCAAGCAGAUCAUCGUCAAGUGUGUCUUGCAACUCUUGCUCAUCGAUACGACGAAUGAACUUCUACACAACGACUGGGUCUACGAACGGGUCCCGCCUGACCAGCUGCUCCGGUUGCUCAACACGCUUCAAGACAGCUACGACUUUUCGAAACGCUUCAAUGCGGAUAAGGACCUACGGAUGGCGUUGUGGAAAGUGGGCUUCAUGAAGCAACUGCCAAAUUUGCUCAAGCAAGAAAGCAGCUCGGCAUCCACGCUGGUGGCCAUCCUCGUCAAGAUGCAUGAGGACCCGAGAGCAACGCACGUCGCAGCACGCGUUGCGAUCCGAAAGCGGUUCGUCCCGCUGGCGGAGGAGGUGGUGCUGAGCUACAUCCCGCUCGACCCGGAGACGCAGGCGCGCAACAUUAUUGCCUGGACGCCGGUGGUCUCGGACGUGUUCCGUGGUGUCUUUUCGUUCAACGACAGCAACCCUGCGAAAGAGAGCCACGGCGCCGCACAGUGGGAUGCAGAGCCGGAGCAGUGGAACGAAGAAAACGCUACCUUCUCGUACUAUGCACCCGUCUUUUAUCCGCUGGCGGUGGAACUGAUCGGCAAGGAACCACUAGCGAGUGAAGUUGUCAUCACGCUCAAGUCGUUCCUUUGGAAGGUCGGCAUGGCCAAAGGGCUGUAUGGUGGCCCGGAUGGGGAGCAGCGUCGGCGCCGAGAAAGAGCACAAGAGCGGGAGCAGGGGCGCUCCAGCUCCAACUUGGACAACCCGCUGCGCAUCCCGCCUUGGCCACGAGUAGCCAAGGCGAGCAAUGGCAACGCAGAUGAAAGUGCAGCAAGUGCCAACGCCAGCGACGCUCUGAGUCAGAGCUUGCUGAAUGCCGGCAGCCAUAGCCAGGGAGCAGCGACAGGUGACUCUGCUACAACCGCUGGACCACAUCGCCCACAGCCUCUGUCGAUCAUCCCGCACGUCGUCAACGUUCCUGAGGUAGAGUCGGCGACGGUCAGCGCGCCGCUGACGAGUGAGAAGGAGGCAGCGCCAGAAGUUGUGGCACAAGGCGACGACGACGGUCAUAUGCGCGAGCGUGUUCAAGGUGGCUCGGCAGAGCAGGCGGACAGGGAGGCGACGAUGGCGACUGCGCCGCAGGACCUUGUGGAUUUGAGCUAGAUGAUCGCGAUAUAGAUGUGCAUGGGGCUCCAUGCUCCGCGCCCAACGACUACAUGCAUCGUCCAUUCCUGCAGCGUGGCAGAUAUCGCGAGCUGGUUGGAGAUCCACGAGGAAAGGAGGUUGAUGGUGGUGCAGAUGAAGCAUAUGCUCACCUUGCUUCCUCGAUUGUAUAUCCCUGUGCCAUUCUAUGCUAUGAGGUCUCGUUUAGGAACAUCGACAUCGCAUGGGAUCGUGCCCCCUCCUGGAUACCGUUCCCCAAAAAAAAUCCGUCCCCACGACAGGAAAUCCCACGGGCUUCCAGGGGAUCUUGUAAGCAUAUCUGUUAAG